AUGGGGAAGUUCUCGCUUCCAGAAGAUACUCCGCAACAUAUAACUAUAAAUAGAGAACGCUUUGCUCUGCCGGAGAUUCUCUUCCACCCGUCGGAUAUUGGUCUCAAUCAAAUGGGAGUGGUGGAAGCUGUCGUUGAAUCGUUGUCCCGAUGUCCUGUGAAUCUACGACCAGCAUUGGUGCAGAAUAUAUCUCUCGUAGGAGGAUGUACUCUCUUCCCCGGAUUCCGUGAUCGAUUGUG